AUGGAUAUAGCCAUAAAACAUCGAGAAAUGUUUAUAGCAAAGAUUUAUAUCGUUUACAGAAGUAUACCGAUGACAGAAGAGAUAAUCGAGAAUACGAGCCACAAUUACUUCUUACUUUCCUAUCUAGUGCAAGGUCGAUUGCAAUUGUCAAGGUCGAUUGCAAUUGUCUGGCUAAAAAUCCAAAUUAAACAUUUCAUAGCACAACGAAUGGACACUGGUGAUUCAUCGAAAAAAAAGGGUAAAAACGGCGAACUCCUAGCGAAAAAUGAAAACACUGCAGAAAACAAGCAACAAAUCAGGGAGUAUUUCGAAAAGAGAAAAAUAUUUACGCCAUCUUGA